CUCCCAGGACCCACAAUGCACUGCGGCCGCGUCACUCGGAGCGGUGGGUUCCAGCUCGACAGUUGCCACUAUUCAGAUUCCCCAUGAGUUAACUGCUGCUGUCUAAAGCGGGUAUAUUUUCUCUGUAUUAAAGGUCUUCUCUGUUGUUUGAAAUGUCUAUGAUUUUGUCUGCCUCAGUCAUUCGUGUCAGAGAUGGACUGCCACUUUCUGCUUCUACUGAUUAUGAACAAAGCACAGGAAUGCAGGAGUGCAGAAAGUAUUUUAAAAUGCUCUCGAGGAAACUUGCUCAACUUCCUGAUAGAUGUACGCUGAAAACUGGACAUUAUAACAUUAAUUUUAUUAGCUCUCUGGGAGUGAGCUACAUGAUGUUGUGCACUGAAAAUUACCCAAAUGUUCUCGCCUUCUCUUUCCUGGAUGAGCUUCAGAAGGAGUUCAUUACUACUUAUAACAUGAUGAAGACAAAUACUGCUGUCAGACCAUACUGUUUCAUUGAAUUUGAUAACUUCAUUCAGAGGACCAAGCAGCGAUAUAAUAAUCCCAGGUCUCUUUCAACAAAGAUAAAUCUUUCUGAUAUGCAGAUGGAAAUCAAGCUGAGGCCUCCUUAUCAAAUUUCCAUGUACGAACUGGGGUCAGCCAAUGGAGUCACAUCAGCAUUUUCUGUUGACUGUAAAGGUGCUGGUAAGAUUUCUUCUGCUCACCAGCGACUGGAACCAGCAACUCUGUCAGGGAUUGUGGGAUUUAUCCUUAGUCUUUUAUGUGGAGCUCUGAAUUUAAUUCGAGGUUUUCAUGCUAUAGAAAGUCUCCUGCAGAGUGAUGGUGAUGAUUUUAAUUACAUCAUUGCAUUUUUCCUUGGAACAGCAGCCUGCCUUUACCAGUGUUAUUUGCUUGUCUACUACACCGGCUGGCGGAAUGUCAAAUCUUUUUUGACUUUUGGCUUAAUCUGUCUAUGCAACAUGUAUCUCUAUGAACUGCGCAACCUCUGGCAGCUUUUCUUUCAUGUGACUGUGGGAGCAUUUGUUACACUACAAAUCUGGCUAAGGCAAGCCCAGGGCAAGGCUCCCGACUAUGAUGUCUGACACCGUCCUUCAGAUCUGUUACCUUGGCUUCAGGGAGGAAAGGAGGGAACAUACCAUAACUGCCACUGUGAUGAAGGAAGCUCUUCCCCACAGAGGAGAAGCUCUGCUUUCUUUCUCUCCAACUUUCCUUUUUUAAAAUCAGCAUGGCAUGCCUGUGAGCAUGGAAGACCUGCUAGGAAAAGUCCUGUCAGAAGAAUGUUGGCCAUGAGAUUAUCAGAGAAGGGGGAGAUUUCUCUCUUCAAGGCCGUGACAGUGGAAGGACAGUUAUAUGCCAUUGGAAGACUUGGCCGGCAGUUCUGAAUCCUUCCUGAAGAGUUCAAAAAAUAGAUGUUGUACUUACUCUGAGGACCAGGCAGGAGGAACUCUACAACCUGCGUUUGCCUUUGUGAGGCACUAGUAUAGACCAAAUAAAAAGCUGCAGAAAUUGGAAAGUUCGUUUUAAAUAAAUGACUGUGAUAAAUAUCAGAUUAUUUGCACAUUUAUAGUACUAAGAGUUUAUAAAGUCCAAGAUGGUGUGAAAUUGGUUUUUACUUUUAUAUCUUUGCUUGAAUCUUAACUCUGGAAAUCACCUGAUACAGAAGAAGGCUGUGAUGAGCUCAUCUCUGGAACAUCGCAAGUAUUGAAAAUACAGUAACGUAUGUUUCCUUUUUAAUCCACAUUUGUUGUUUGUUUUGAAAUUACGUCUCAAAACUAUGACUCAGACUAUAGCCAUUGUUUCCCAAACUUCAGUUUCUUGAGUACUGCUUGUAUUACUAUUUUCUUAAUAUUUAUCUUUUACAUUUUAAAGUUUUUU